AUGAAGGUGAAAACGUUUGAGCUGGAGUUGGAUAUGUAGGGGGGAGGAGAGGAAGGGAUGUUGAACUAUAGGCAUAUCUAUAAACCGUAUAGCUCUCUGUAUUUAGCAUGUCCUCUAGUUAAAUGGUACUGUAUAUCUGCCCCCUGACACAGGACUAUUUCUCACGGGUCUACAGGCCCCGUCAGCAGGGCCUCUAUCUGCCAUGGGUAAGUGGCUGGGCAGCGGUCAUGGCAAACAGCUAACACAAGGCCAAACUCCAGAUCUCCCAUGCCAGUGUGUGUAGUGUUGGGAUGUCUACUAACCAAUGAGACUUUUGGGACACUGACACUCUCAUUCUUCUGCUUCACUAACUCUAUGGGCUAUCUGGUGUCAGCCGUGGGAUCUGACAGUCAGUCUGUCAGUCUGUCAGUCAGUCAAUAGUAUAUGGGUGUUGCUGAGAAUGGGACAUGAUGCUGCUUUUACUGUGUGUCUAUAGAGUGCUGGAAUGUCGCUGGGAAUACAUGUGCUGUUGUUUUUGAGGAUUGAAUUGUGUGGUUUGAACUUACAUAAUAUUGCACUCACACACACACUAACUCACUCACUCACCCAAAUCAACUUGUGACUACUCUCUUAUUAGUCGUGAGAUAAUUUAAUAUUUCUCCGCAAGCAGACACUCCUCCUCCUCUUCUUCCUCUUUCUCCUCCUCCUGAAUGGGAGAGGCAAACUCCUCUGUUCUUAUCUCCUAUCCCUGGAAUCUCAGUCAUUAGGAGGGAACACAGAGACGACACUCAGAGACGGUGAUGAAAGGCCCACAUUAUACAUACAGUUGAAGUCACUCGUUUUUCAACCACUCCACAAAUUUCUGGUUAGCAAACUAUAGUUUUGGCAAGUCGGUUGUGCAUGACACAAGUAAUUUUUCCAACCAUUGUUUACAGACAGAUUAUUUCACUUAUAAUUCACUGUAUCACAAGUCCAGUGUGUCAGACGUUUACAUACACCCAGUUGACUGUGCCUUUAAACAGCUUGGAAAAUUCCAGAAAAUUAUGUCAUGGCUUUAGAAGCUUCUGAUAGGCUAAUUGACAUCAUUUGAGUCAAUUGGAGGUGUACCUGUGGAUGUAUUUCAAGGCCUACCUUCAAACUCAGUGCCUCUUUGCUUGACAUCAUGGGAAAAUCAAAAGAAAUCAGCCAAGACCUCAGAAAAACAAUUGUAGACCUCCACAAGUCUGGUUCAUCCUUGGGAGCAAUUUCCAAACGCCUGAAGGUACCACGUUCAUCUGUACAAACAAAGUAUGCAAGUAUAAACACCAUGGGACCACGCAGCCGUCAUACCGCUCAGGAAGGAGACGUGUUCUGUCUCCUAGAGAUGAACGUACUUUGGUGCGAAAAGUGCAAAUCAAUCCCAGAACAACCGCAAAGGACCUUGUGAAGAUGCUAGAGGAAACAGGUACAAAGCAUAUAUAUCCACAGUAAAACGAGUGCUAUAUCAACAUAACCUGAAAGGACGCUCAGCAAGGAAGACGCCACUGCUCCAAAACCGCCAUAAAAAAGACAGACUACGGUUUGCAACUGCACAUGGGGACAAAGAUCGUACUUUUUGGAGAAAUGUCCUCUGAAGGAACAAAAAUAUAACUGUUUGGCCAUAAUGACCAUCAUUAUGUUUGGAGGAAAAAGGGGGUUGCUUGCAAGCCGAAGAACACCAUCCCAACCGUGAAGCACAGGGGUGGCAGCAUCAUGCUGUGGGGGUGCUUUGCUGCAGGAGGGACUGGUGCACUUCACAAAAUAGAUGGCAACUUUAGGAAGGAAAAUUAUGUGGAUAUAUUGAAGCAACAUCUCAAGACAUCAGUCAGGAAGUUAAAGCUUGGUCGCAAAUGGGUCUUCCAAAUGGACAAUUACCCCAAGCAUACGUCCAAAGAAGUGGCAAAAUGGCUUAAGGACAACAAAGUCAACGUACUGGAGUGGCCAUCACAAAGCCCUGACCUCAAUCCUAUAGAAAAAUAUGUGGGAAGACCUGAAAAAGUGUGUGCGAGCAAGGAGGCCUACAAACCUGACUCAGUUACAUCAGCUCUGUCAGGAGUAAUGGGCCAAAAUUCACCCAACCUAUUGUGGGAAGCUUGUGGAAGGCUACCCAAAACGUUUGACCCAAGUUAAACAAUGUAAAGGCAAUGCUACCAAAUACUAAUUGAGUGUAUGUAAACUUCUGACCCACUGGGAAUGUGAUGAAAGAAAUAAAAGCUGAAAUAAAGCAUUCUCUCUACUAUUAUUCUGACAUUUCACAUUCUUAAAAUAAAGUGGUGAUCCUAACUGACCUAAAACAGGGAUUUUUUACUAGGAUUAAAUGUAUUUGGCUAAGGUGUAUGUAAACUUCUGACUUCAACUGUACUUUUAUUGCAUUUGCUAGUACUUUCCUGUACAUACACACACACCCACACACACACACACACAUACAAAUACACACACACACAAUAAACAGAAAACUUGAGCGUGCAUAACUAUUUACUGAAACAGGUUUCCCUCAAGAAUUUCCCUGUAUUUAGCGGCAUCCAUCAUUCCUUCAAUUCUGACCAGUUUCCCAGUCCCUGCCGAUGAAAAACAUCCCCACAGCAUGAUGCUGCCACCACCAUGCUUCACUGUGGGAAUGGUGUUCUCGGGGUGAUGAGAGGUGUUGGGUUUGCGCCAUAUAUAGCAUUUUCCUUGAUGGCCAAAAAGCUCAAUUUUAGUCUCAUUUGACCAGAGUACCUUCUUCCAUAUGUUUGGGGAGUCUCCCACAUGCCUUUUGGCGAACACCAAACGUGUUUGCUUAUUUUUUUCUUUAAACAAUGGCUUUUCUCUGGCCACGCUUCCGUAAAGCCCAGCUCUGUGGAGUGUACAGCUUAAAGUGGUCCUAUGGACAGAUACUCCAAUCUCCGCUGUGGAGCUUUGCAGCUCCUACAGCGUUAUCUUUGGUGUCUUUGUUGCCUCUCUGAUUAAUGCCCUCCUUGCCUGGUCUGUGAGUUUUGGUGGGCGGCCCUCUCUUGGCAGGUUUGUUGUGGUGCCAUAUUCUUUCAAUUUUUUAAUAAUGGAUUUAAUGGUGCUCCGUGGGAUGUUCAACAUUUCUGAUAUUUUUUUAUAACCCAACCCUGAUCUGUACUUCUCCACAACUUUGUCCCUGACCUGUUUGGAGAGCUCCUUGGUCUUCAUGGUGCUGCUUGCUUGGUGGUGCCCCUUGCUUAGUUGUGUUGCAGACUCUGGGGCCUUUCAGAACAGGUGUUUAUAUAUACUGAGAUCAUGUGACAGAUCAUGUGACACUUAGAUUGCACACAGGUGGACUUUAUUUAACUAAUUAUGUGACUUCUGAAGGUAAUUGGUUGCACCAGGUCUUAUAUAGGGGCAUCAUAGCAAAGGGGGUGAAUACAUAUGCACGCACCACUUUUCUGUUAUUAAUAUUUUAGAAAUUUAUUUUUUUCAUUCCACUUCACCAAUUUGGACUAUUUUGUGUAUGUCCAUUACAUGAAAUCCAAAUAAAAAUAAAUGUCAAUUACAGGUUGUAAUGCAACAUUGUAGGAAAAACGCCAAGGGGGAUGAAUACUUUUGCAAGGACUGUAGGUACUGUACAGACCCAAGAGAACCCUGAGCUAGGCUUUUAAGUUGAUUGGGUCAUCAGAGAAGGAGGUUCAGAUGUGUUUGUGCGUGUGUGUGUGUUUGUUUGCAAAGCCAUUGGGUUCCUCUCUCCCUACAUCGCCCCCCACCCCUCUCUCUCUCUCUACUCCCUAUCCGUCCCCCUUCUCUCCCCUAUCUAUCCCUCUCUCUCAUUCCCUCUUUCUCUCUCUCAUUGUCCCUCACCUCACCUCCCAUCCCUGUCCCCCUUUCUCUACCAUCCUUGGCUCUCUCUCCCCUCUUCUUCCUUCUCUCUCUGUCUCUUCUCUCAAUGAAUUUUUUGCUGGACUCUUACCUGCUGUCCCUCUCUUCUCUGCUCUCCAGUGAUUACAUCAUAGAGGAGAAGAAUGCUAUGUUGCAGAAGAAAGAAAACGAAGGCUUCGGUUUCGUCCUGCGGGGAGCCAAAGGUAGGAAACACACACACACACACAGGUGAAUACCUUUGUUCAUUAUUCAAGUGUUUUAGUGCUUGGCCAUAAGACUGGAACAGACAACUUUUCUCUAUAUACCUCCAGGACCAGCCUGGUGUGUCAAACACAUAUUUUCACAAAGCUCGACUUUAUACCUUAUUACUAAAGCAGGCUGUCUUGAUCACUGUCACCUCCAAGGCCCUGCUAGCUACUUUCUUCAUGUCAUAGGCUGUCUGUGUGUGUGUCAUUACAGGCCUGUGAGCCCCUCUGCAGGUGUUCUGAGUGUGGGGUAUGGGAUGUGGUGGGGUUGAUGUAAGGAGUUCUAGACCUCUUUCACAUAGUAUGACUUAUUUACCUAUGAGUCAACAUGACUGGCUUUGGUCAACACCACAUUCUCUCUCUCUCUCUCUGUGUGUGUGUGUGUGUGUGUGUGUGUGUGUGUGUGUCUAGCCAUUGUGGUGGCGUCAUCCUAGAAUGAACUGCCAGUUGACUCCCCCAUCUGUUCCUCACACAUUGUGUUCAGGGAGACAGAAAUGACUAUUUUUCUCCAAUCUUUAUAUUUCCUCCCUUAUUUUUUCUCAUUCAUUGACUCCUUCACUGUGUUUCUUUUGUUCUAUUCCACUCUUGUCUUUCUUUGAUUCAUUCUUUCACCCCUUCCCUCCCUCUUCUUUAUUCCUCACUCAGCUUUACUAUUAGUCCUUAUCCUCUACUACUUCACACACACACACACAACUGCACGUGCCUGCUCUCCAUGCUGGUUACUAUAGCAACCCCUCGCGGCCACCAAACCCAGGAUUCUGAGUGUUUUUGCUGCUCCUCCAUCUCUAUAUUUCUAUUUUCCUCAAUUAGCAGACACUCUUAUCCCGAGUGACUUAUAGGAGAAUUUAGGGUUAAGUGCCUUGCUCAAGCGCACAUCGACUGAUAUUUCACCUAAUCGGCUCAGGGUUUCGAACCAGCGACCUUUCAGUUACUGUCCGAACACUCUUAACAGCUAUGCUACCUGCCUCUCUCCCCCGCUCUGUCUCUCCAGCUCUUUCUUACUCCUCUUUUUUUUCCCCUCGCUCUCUUCCUCUCCCUACCUUAAACACUCUCUCUACCUUAAACACUCUCUCUAAACGCUAAAGCUAUGAAGGCUAGAGAGAGAGGGAAAGACUAGUCUGUAGCUUUCCUCCUGAUCAACAAACAGUUGACAUGGAGUCUAAUGUAGAGCCAAUAGCUUUCUUUUCAAUAUUUCAAUUUCUCUAACUUUUUCUCCUCCUUUUCCAAUUUCCAUCAGUCAACUUUCCCCCACUCUAGAUGUAUCCCUCCCUCUCUCCUCUCUUCUACUUGUGUUCUUCUCUCUCUCCCUCCAUCUUCCCAAGUGCCUCAGAUAAAACUGAAUUGAUUAUCUUUCAUAGUGGGGUCAUGUCCCACAUGUAUGCACGCACACACACACGCACACACACACACACUGCAGUUGCCUCUGGGAACUCUCCUUUGUAAGUGGUAUAGUUGGACUCAAUUGGAUUAAAUGGAGGGUGUGUGUAGUGAACAGUAGCUCUAUCCUCAGGCAGAGACACACUCAGCUAACAAGUCAGGUGUGUGUGUGUGUGUGUGUGCCUGAUCUGAUUUUCAGUGUGAGAGUGAUUAAAGUAAUACGGUUGAGUGAAAGGGUCUCUCCCUGUCACACCACCUCAUCGUUCCUAAUGCACUAUAGAGUCCAUCUCACACUAUUAUAAACACACACACACACACACAUUCACUUACAGGCUGCUGUGUGUAUCUACAUCUAUGUGUACCUCUACGAGUUUAUGGUGUGUGCUCUUUUCCAUGGCAGAUGUGCGUGGGUGAUACUUUAGAUGUAUCUCUCACCAUUCAGUGUACCUUGCAGAAGAUUCCAAGAUUAAUACUGUGUGUAUUUCUUGUGUUGAAACAUCUGUCCAUGUUUGGAUAUAAAUCAAGUAAUUCUCUCUGUGUGUUCCCAGCUGAGACGCCUAUUGAGGAGUUCACCCCAACACCAGCGUUUCCUGCCCUCCAGUACCUGGAGUCUGUCGAUGUGGAGGGAGUGGCCUGGAGGGCAGGGCUUAGGACAGGAGACUUCCUCAUAGAGGUAACCACACCCCCUCUCCUCUUCUCCGAUCUCCUCUCCAACCCCAUGGACUAGCACCCACUGCCUCUCAGCUCUCUGUUUGACCUCCAGCCAUAUGUGUGUGCGCGCGUGCGUGGCAUUCGUGCGUGUUUGUGUUCCAGGUGCACGGAGUGAACGUGGUGAAGGUGGGCCAUAAGCAGGUGGUGUCUCUGAUCAGACAGGGGGGCAACAGCCUGCUGAUGAAGGUGGUCUCUGUCACACGCAAACCUGAGUCUGAGGAGGUGGUCCGCAAGAAA